GGAGGAAGAGCGGGCGCUUCCCGGCGGAGAGGCGGAGAUGGUGCCGGCCGAGACCGGCGCGGCCGGCAGGAAGCAGCGCGCCCUCGCCCGCAGGAAGGCCUUCUCCCUGUUCGUGAAAGCCAAGGAGGUGCCGGCCGCGUCCCGGUGUCCCGGCGGCGGAGAGGGCGUGCGGUGGCGGUGCUGCCGGCAGGCGUUCGAGGAGCUGCCCGGCAUCCACAGGCACGUGGCUCUGCACCACUCCGGAGACCUCGGGCGGCAGGACGGGCUGGAUGCGGGGCCAGCAGAGGCCGGAGGGAGCCCUGCGGACGGCCCGGCUCCUGCGGGCAGCCCGGAGAUCUCCUGGGCGCUCCCGGACACCAGCAGCAUUAGCCACGACGAUCUGACGAGCAAGGUGGGAGAAGUACUUCUAUAUUACUGUUAUUGUGAGGUGAAGGAUCCAGAGAAGCUCUGUGCUUGGCAAAAGGCUCUAUGCCAGCAUCUACAUCUCACUGGCAAGGUACGAGUUGCUUCAGAGGGGAUUAACGGGACAGUUGGUGGAAGUAAAGUAGCUACCAGUCUCUACAUUGAAGUUAUGCUUUCCCAGCCUCUGUUCAAAAACGUUUUGUCUCACGAGGAUUUCAAGAGCAGUGCAGGAGGAGCUCACUGUUUCCCAGACCUUCGAAUUGGAGUAUUUAAAGAAAUUGUACCUAUGGGCAUUGAUCCAAAGAUAGUGUCUUAUAAAGAAACUGGAAUCCAUUUAUCCCCUCAGGAAUUUCACAGAGAAGUAGAACAGUAUUUGUCUCAGGCCAGUCAAGGACAAAGCGAUACCAUCUUGCUGGACUGUAGGAACUUCUAUGAAAGUAAAAUAGGGCAAUUCCAGGGCUGUCUGGCUCCAGAUAUCAGGAAGUUCAGCUAUUUUCCCAGCUACGUAGAUGAAAACCUGGAGCUUUUCAAAGACAAGCGUGUCCUGAUGUACUGCACAGGAGGGAUUCGUUGUGAAAGAGGCUCUGCUUACCUAAGGAGCAAGGCAGUGUGCAGAGAGGUUUACCAGCUAAAAGGUGGAAUUCACAAGUACCUGGAAGAGUUUCCAGAUGGAUUCUACAGGGGGAAGCUGUUUGUAUUUGAUGAUCGUUACGCCAUUUGUUCCAAUGAAGAUAUCAUCUCAGCGUGCAGAUACUGUGGGGCGCUGUGGGACCAGUAUAAACUUUGUUCGAGCCAGCACUGCCGGCAGCUUGUCCUGACAUGUCCAAGUUGUUGCAACAAAGGUCUUACAGCUUGCUGUCCUGUCUGUCAAGAGAAGGAGCUCAAGGUGACUUCAAGGGCUGCAGGACAGACACUUAAGGAGGAAUGUGAAUGCACAAGGAGACGGCCAAGGGUACCUAUUGAACGUAUCUCGCAAAGGAUGCUGGACACAGGAAAAGAUUAGGCUGUUUCACUGGCUGAUCUGACAUGUGCUAAUGUGAAGGGCUUCUAUAACCAGAUCCCUAUCUGUUAAUCAGUUAGGUUUGGAAAUCAUGAAAAUGUGUUGGCUUGGAAAGUCGUGCUCAUAUGCUGCCUUUAAACCUAGAGUAUACCCUGAAAACCAUCCAUUACUUGCCUGUAAAUUACCAGAGUGCCCAACACGUCACCAGCACUGCAGGAUUCCUCUCCCUGGGGACAGCCUUGUAGUGUGGCCUUUACCAUGGGGAUUUUGGAGCAGAGUAUCUGCAGUGUGACAGAGCUGCUCACAAUUCAAAAGAAACUUAAAGGACAUAAGAACAAUUCUGUUCUUUCCUUCCUGCAUGGAGAUCAAUCUCUCUGACCUCUCCAGUGAUCAUGCAUUUGCUCCCAUAGCUGGUGGUAGGGUGUGCAAACAGCAGAUUUGGUGUGGGUACAUGACUAGAUUAGAGCUGAAGAUACUUUCCAUGUGCGCACCACCUCCUGCAUCUCUUACUUUAGACCAGUGAGAAGCAAGGGGUAGUUACCUGAAGUCACCGACUUAACUCUUGUGUAAAACUGGCUGAAGGCAGCAUAAGGAUAACUGGAGCAAAGGC